AUGGUCGCCACACCGGUUUCGGGAACCGAAGUUGCACGGUCCAUCCAGGAUGAGCUCCGUGGACAAGUGCAGGAGAUGCGUCGGCACAUGCCGCAGUUCAUGCCGCGGCUGGCUAUCGUCCAGGUGGGCGGGCGGGAGGACUCCAACGUUUACAUACGUAUGAAGCUGAAAGCUGCUGAGAAUAUCGGUCUCUCUGCAGAACACGUGCGGCUCCCUAACACCAUCACUGAAGCUGAGUUGCUGCACGAGAUAAACAGUCUAAAUGAAUCUCCGAAUGUUCACGGCAUCAUUGUACAGAUGCCACUGGAUUCAGUGGAGCCCAUCGACUCGCACCGCAUCACAGACGCCGUAUCACCAGAUAAGGACGUCGACGGAUUGAACACUGUAAAUGAGGGACGCGUUGCCGUCGGGGAUCUAUCUGGAUUCAUUCCUUGCACGCCGGCUGGAUGCGUGGAGCUGAUUCGUAGCACCGGCGUGACCAUAGCAGGGAAGAACGUGGUGGUAAUAGGACGCAGUCGGAUAGUGGGAACCCCGGUCUCUGAGCUACUCAAAUGGGAGCACGCUACCGUCACCGUGUGUCACUCUAAGACCAAGAACUUGAACGAGAUUGCUAGGUCAGCUGACAUCUUGGUGGUAGCUAUUGGACGAGCAGAGAUGGUGAAGGGCUCUUGGAUCAAGCCUGGAGCAGUGGUGAUAGACUGUGGCAUCAAUCCAAUCGCAGAUCCGACAAAGAAGUCCGGGCAGCGGUUAGUCGGUGACGUAGCGUACGCGGAGGCGUUGAAGGUAGCGUCGCACGUGACGCCGGUGCCGGGCGGCGUGGGCCCGAUGACCGUGGCGAUGCUGAUGCGGAACACCGUGCUGGCGGCGCGUCGGCAGCUGGACAAAUUACUUGCGCCAUCUUGGCCCUUGCGCCCAUUGCGACUGUUACCUGUUUCACCGCCGCCAAGUGAUAUUGUGAUCGCGCGCUCACAGAAGCCAAAGGAUAUAGCUGAGUUGGCUAACGAGAUCGGUCUGUUCCCGAGUGAAGUGUCGCAGUACGGACGCACUAAAGCUAAAAUAUCACUGGGCGUACUCGACAGAUUGCGCCACCGUAGCGCGGGCAAAUACAUCGUCGUAGCUGGAAUAACGCCUACACCCCUUGGGGAGGGUAAAAGCACCACUUUACUAGGCCUCGUGCAGGCUCUGAAUGCACAUCGCGGUCGCAACGCUUUUGCGUGCAUGCGACAGCCCAGUCAGGGACCAACCUUUGGAGUUAAGGGCGGAGCCGCAGGUGGCGGCUAUUCACAGGUCAUUCCGAUGGAAGAAUUUAACCUGCACUUGACCGGUGACAUCCACGCCGUUAGUGCCGCCAACAAUCUCCUCGCCGCUCAAAUGGACGCUCGUAUCUUCCACGAAUUGACGCAAAAGGACGGCCCGUUGUAUGAUCGUCUCGUGCCCCGCAUCAAAGGCGUUAGGAAAUUCUCACCCAUUCAAUUGAGGAGAUUGCAACGACUGGGCAUCAACAAAACCGGCCCGGACUCAUUGACCGAUGAAGAGAAGAGUAGAUUCGCUAGAUUAGACAUAGACACCGCGAAAAUUAUGUGGAACAGAGUGGUCGAUUUGAACGACAGAUAUCUACGUAAGAUAACUAUCGGCCAAUCACCAACGGAGAAAGGUUUCACACGUGAAACGGCUUUCGACAUUUCCGUGGCAUCUGAGAUCAUGGCCAUCCUGGCUUUGGGUACUGACGUGGAAGACAUCAAGCAGCGUCUGGCUAAUAUGGUGGUGGCUCUGGACAAACGAGGCAAUCCUGUCACAGCUGAUGAUUUGGGUAUGACAGGUGCUCUGCUAGUAUUGCUGAAGGAUGCAUUCGAGCCGACACUCAUGCAAUCGUUAGAGGGCACUCCUGUGUUGGUCCAUACUGGUCCGUUCGCUAAUAUCGCUCAUGGAUGCUCGUCCAUAAUCGCUGACAAGAUCGCCGCCAAGCUAGCCGGCGAAAACGGAUACGUCGCCACAGAGGCUGGAUUCGGUUCAGAUAUCGGUAUGGAGAAGUUCUUCGACAUAAAAUGUCGUGCUAGCGGCGACAGGCCUCACUGUGCGGUGAUAGUGGCAACGGUUCGUGCGCUCAAGAUGCACGGUGGAGGGCCGGCCGUCUCGCCCGGCGCGCCCCUACACGACGUAUACGUUAAGGAAAAUCUGGAAUUGCUGACCAAAGGUUUGUGCAACUUGGGCAAGCACAUUAGCAACGGUAAUAAAUUCGGUGUACCUGUAGUCAUCGCCAUCAACAGACAUGGGAAUGACACUGAAGCAGAGUUAAGACUAGUGCAGCAAUACGCCGAGAAAAAUGGUGCAUUCCGUGCUGUGAUCUGCGACCAUUGGGCUAAAGGCGGCGCCGGCGCACUAGAUCUAGCGGACGCGGUGAUAGCUGCCUGCGAUAAGCCAAACAACUUCCAAUAUCUGUACCCACUCAACAUGUCUAUCACCGACAAGAUCACCAAGAUCGCCACCGAAAUGUAUGGCGCAGGCACCAUCGAAUAUACCGCCGACGUGGUCGAAAAAAUAAAAACAUUUACAGAUAUGGGCUACGACAAAUUGCCAAUAUGCAUGGCGAAGACUUCAAACUCUCUGACUGGUGACCCAGCAGUGAAGGGCGCUCCUACGGGAUUCCCACUCAAAGUCAAUGGCAUAUUUGUGUCUGUAGGCGCCGGGUUUGUAGUACCAAUGGUGGGCGAGAUCUCCAAGAUGCCAGGUCUAUCAACCAGACCCAGUAUCUAUGACAUCGACCUUGACACCAAGACCGGGGAAAUAGUAGGACUCUUCUAAGGCUAUUCUGAUUGUUAUACCAAACUAUGUAACUAAAUAAUAAAGGUUUUUUUAUACUGUUCUUAUUUGUGU